AGCAAAUUGAUGCAAUCAACUCUAUUAUUGAAAAACUUGAACCUUUGAAUAAUCAAGAAGCACUUCGAAACAUUAAGAUGAUUGCAUAUGGUCUUUUAAAGACUUGGAAGAAUGUAAACGGUCAAUGUAAAGAAUAUAACCGUAUUAUGUAUGCUGAGCUAGAUAAUGAUGCUUUGUUGAGAAAUAUG